AUGGCUGAAGCUAUUUGUUUCCUUUGGAUUUCUUCUGUUUUCAUAUCCCUUCUGGGUCAGCAAGGAUCAGAAGCUUUUCAGUGUGGCAAUGGGGUCUCCUUGCCUCCUGACAAUGUAUGUGACUUCACAGAUCAGUGUGGGGACAGCAGUGAUGAGCAGCAAUGCUCUGGCUAUAAAAGGUGUGAUUUUGAGGAUGGGUUCUGUGAUAUGGAACAAGAUGGAAACCUACAACUGGGCUGGACAAAGAGAGAUGGGACAACUGGUCUCUCACCUCCAUUUCAGGAUCACAAUGGGAAUAUGUCUGCCCACUACCUCUUCCUGGUGUGCAGAGUGAAUUCAACUUCCUCAGCCCUCAGGAGCAGAGUCUUCCUCUCCACAAAGGACCCACAUGUCUGUCAGAUUACAUUUUAUUACUUCGUAAGCCACAUCGGUGUCAAGUUGCUGGCAGGUCUGCAGGCUCCAGGUGGUGAUCCUUUUCGGCAGUUGUGGCAAAGCACAGCUGGGCGCCCAAAUCAGUGGCAGAGAGAUGUCAUCAGGAUCCAGAGCUCACAGCGGUUUCAGGUCAUUUUUCGAGGUGCAAUGAUGGCCACCCACGAGCAGGAUGAAGUCAUAGCUCUUGAUGACAUAUCUUUCAGUGCAGGCUGCUUGGCUGCAGAUGUGUGUCAGUCCUGUGGAUUUAACUUUGACGUGUGCAGUUGGAAGUCAGAAGCCUCUUCUGGACAAAUUUCCUGGAUGUGCACAAAAGCAAGUGGGGCUCCUACAUCAGAAUCUGCACCUCGGCAGGAUCACAGGGACGGUGAAGAAGGCUGCUACGUCUGGCUGGGGGCAAAGUGCCCUUUUCCUCUCAGCCCUGUGGACCGCACUGCUUAUUUAAACAGCUCUGUGUGUCACUGCCUGAGCAGGAGCUGCCGUCUUCAGUUCUAUUACUCCCUGGAAAGCAGUAUUCUAAGAGUGCAACUAUAUAAUAACGAGGGAGAAGAAACAUUUUGGACAUACAAUACAUCAACUCAGAGCAAAUGGGUGAAAGCAGAUGUUUCAAUACCAGAAGGUCUGAAGACAUUUAAGAUUGUUUUCGAAGGUGUCAUUUUGAGCCAGAGAAGUUUCAUUGGGCUUGAUCGGCUGUCAGUCUACGGACAAAACCACUCCAGACGGCUGUGCUCUGAGGAUGAGUUCACUUGUGCCAGCGGCCAGUGUGUUGCCCAAGACUCCAUCUGUGACUCUCAGCGAGACUGCUCUGAUGCCAGCGAUGAAGACCCAUUGACCUGCUCAAAGCGUCUCAGCUGUAACUUUGAGUCUGGUUUCUGUGGCUGGGAGCCGUUUCUCAUGGAAGACGCACACUGGGAGUUAGUGAAAGGGCUGGGCGAUGGAGAGCAACAUUUUCCCAGAGCUGAUCGCAGAGCAAACACAAACCAUGGAUCAUUUAUUUAUUUUGGGGCACAUCAGUCACCCGGAGUGGCCAAGCUUGAAAGUCCUAUCCUUACAAAAUUGCUCACUGCGUCUUCACCAUGUCAGGUGCAGUUUUGGUAUCAAUUGUCUGGGCGCUCACUCCUCUCGGUAUUUACAAGAACACUAAAGGGAAAUUUUCACAAGCAAGGUGAAAUCAUCGGAUUCUCUGAAUCUCAGUGGAGCCAGGCAAAAAUCAGUCUAUACACAGAAGCAGAAGAAUCCUCUCUGCCUUUUCGGCUAAUUCUAGAAGCUGCUGUUUUUUCAUCGAAUGCCACUGUCGCAGUAGAUGACAUCAUUCUGUCAAAGGAAUGUGAAAUUUCCUCUAAGUCACUUUCAGGUACCAGCAAAUACAACAAAGUUUCCGAUUGCGAUUUCGAAGCCAGCAGCUGUAGGUGGUUUGAAGCAGUCAGUGGUGACGAUUUUGACUGGAUAUGGAGCUCCCCAAGUGAUCUUGCUGCUGAUUUUGAACACCAGGCCCCUCCUCAGGAUCACACUCACAGCACAAUUUCGGGUCAUUUUAUGUUCAUUCUACAGAAGAGCAGCAGAUUUUUCCAAAUUGCUAAACUGCAGAGUCCAAGUUUCAGCCAAACAGGACCUGGUUGUACCCUUUAUUUCUGGUUUUAUAACUAUGGCUUGUUUGUGGGACCCACUGAUCUUGUGCUCCAUCUGGAAAACUCCAGCGACUCUACUGUCCUCUGGAGAGUGUUGUACAACCAAGGCAACAAGUGGUCAGAGGUGGCCAUUCAGCUAGGGCGCCUCACUCAGCCCUUCUCUUUGUCUCUGAAUAAAGUCAGUCUGGGCAUUUACGAUGGGGUCUCAGCUGUUGACGACAUCAGAUUUGAAAACUGCACUCUUCCUCCUCCUGCUGAGAGCUGUGAGUCCCCAGAUCACUUUUGGUGCCGUCACACCAAGGCCUGUGUGGAAAAGGCUCAGCUGUGUGAUCUGGUGGAUGAUUGUGGUGAUUGGACGGAUGAGGCUGACUGUGAACCUGGACUGCAGUGCAACUUUGAAAAUGGAAUUUGUAACUGGGAACAAGACACAGAAGAUGACUUUGAUUGGACCAGGAACCAGGGUCCAACCUCAACCAUUAAUACAGGGCCCAUGAAGGAUCAUACUGUGGGCACGGCACAGGGGCACUAUCUCUACAUAGAAUCUUCAGAGCCACAGGUUUUCCAGAACAAUGCCGUGCUACUCAGCCCCGUCUUCAGUGCCACUGAUCCCAAGGGCUGCACCUUCCGCCUCUACUACCACAUGUUCGGGAAGCGCAUUUACAGCCUGGCGGUCUACCAGCGAGUCUGGAGUAACACAAAAGGAAAGCUGCUGUGGCAGAUAUUUGGGAAUCAGGGCAACAGUUGGAUGAGGAAACUCCUCAGCAUUUCCAGUGGGCAGCCCUUUCAGAUCCUGGUGGAGGCUUCAGUGGGAGAUGGCUUCACCGGAGAUAUUGCAAUUGAUGAUUUGUCAUUCAUGGACUGCAAACUCCACAUAGGGAAUUUGCCAAUGGAACUUCCAACUCCACCAGAAACUUCAGUUCCAGUAACAUUACCUCCACACAACUGCACAGAUAAUGAAUUUGUCUGCAGAACCGAUGGCCAUUGUGUUGAAAAAGUUCAUAAGUGCAAUUUUAGAUAUGACUGCCCCGACAAAUCAGAUGAAUCAUUCUGUGUUAUGGAUGUUUGCACAUUUGAAAAAAGACGCUUGUGUAAGUGGUAUCAGCCAAUCCCGGGACGUUUACUUCACGAUUCGAACACAUUCAGGUGGGGACUUGGGAAUGGGAUCGGUAUACGUCAUGGAGAAGAAAACCAUAGGCCAGCUGUAGAUCAUACAAAAAAUACCACAGAUGGCUGGUAUCUGUAUGCUGAUAGUUCGAAUGGGAAAUUUGGUGACAUGGCUGACAUCCUUACUCCUGUUAUUUCUCUUACGGGACCAAAAUGUACCUUGGUCUUCUGGACUCAUAUGAAUGGUGCUACAGUCGGUUCUCUUCAGGUACUCAUCAAGAAAGGCAAUGUUACUUCUAAAGUGUGGGCUCAGAUUGGACAGCAAGGUGCACAGUGGAGGAAAGUGGAAGUAUUUCUAGGCAUUCACGCCUAUGUACAGAUUGGCUUCAGGGCAAAACGUGGUGUCAGUUACAUAGGAGAUGUAGCAGUGGACGAUGUCUCCUUUCAAGACUGUUCUCCCUUGCCCAGCCCUGACAGAAAGUGCACUGCCCAGGAAUUCUCCUGUGCUAACAAGCAGUGCAUUCCAGAGCACAAGCUGUGUGAUUUUGUGAACGACUGUGCUGAUAACUCUGAUGAGUCUGCUUUCCUUUGCAGUGCCUUCAGUGGCCGCUGUGAUUUUGAAUUUGACCUUUGUGCAUGGGAGCAGGAUCAAGACGAGGACUUCGACUGGAAUCUGAAAGCCAGCAGCAUCCCAGAGGCAAGCGUAGAAUCAGCUGUGGACUACAGUUUGGGAAACUCAUCCAAUCAUUACAUCUUGAUAAAGAGCUUUUACCCACGUCAGCCUGGGACAGCAGCCAGAAUAUCAAGUCCAGUGAUAAAUAAGAGAAGUAAAAAUUGUAAGAUCAUUUUUAAUUAUCACAUGUAUGGAAACAGCCCCGGGAUUCUCACCUUGACCCAGGUAUCAGUCACAAACCAGACGAAGGUUCUCCUUCACCUCACCAAAGAACAAGGCAAUUUCUGGAGGAGAAAAGAAUUAUCUCUAUUCAGCGAUGAAGACUUUCAACUCAAAUUUGAAGGCAGAGUUGGGAAAGGUCAUCGUGGUCAUAUUGCGCUUGAUGACAUCGUGCUUACAAGGAAUUGCCUGUCAUUCCAGAACUCCAUGAAGGAAGGACCAGCGGUCGCUCUCCUAACAGGUCACUGCCCGCCGGGCCAUCGGGUAUGUCAGAAUGGCAGAUGCUACAGACCGGAACUAAGCUGUAAUUUCGUAGAUGACUGUGGAGAUAAUACUGAUGAAAACGAGUGUGGUGGCUCCUGCACUUUUGAGAAAGGCUGGUGUGGCUGGCAGAACUCCCUGGCUGAGAACUUUGAUUGGAUUUGGGGGAUUGGCUCUCAUCAAAGCCUGAGGCCCCCCAGUGACCACACCCUAGGAAAGGAGCAUGGGCACUUCAUGUAUCUGGAGGCUACUCCUGUGGGCCUGCAGGGUGACAAAGCCCACUUCAAGAGCACCAGGUGGCAGGAAUCCAGCGCCACCUGCACCAUGAGCUUCUGGUAUUUCAUAUCUGCAAAAGCCACAGGGUCCAUUGGGAUUCUCAUUAAGACAGAUAAAGGACUAACUGAAGUAUGGCAAGAAAGUACACGAAAUCCUGGUGACCAGUGGCAAAACGCCGUCAUCCUGCUAGGAAAGUUAAGGAAUUUUGAAGUCAUAUUUCAAGGUAUCAGGACAAGAGAUCUUGGAGGAGGAGCUGCAAUUGAUGAUGUAGAGUUUAGAAAUUGCACAACUGUUGGAGAAACUGCCAAGAUUUGCUUAGAAGACACCGAUUUUUUGUGCCAGAACAAAAAAUGCAUCGCUUCCUACCUUGUUUGUGACUACAAGCCAGACUGCUCCGAUAGGUCAGAUGAAGCUCUUUGUGGUAAGUUUAUCUCAUCUGCCGGCCGUAGUGGCCGCCACUUCCUGUAUGUCAGCUCUUCCGGCCCCCGAGAAGGAACCACCGCAAGAAUCCUUACUGCCGGAUACUUCCCAGCAAGCCUGGGCAUGUGCAUGCUUCGGUUCUGGUUCUACAUGGUCGACCCCCAGAGUGUGGGGAUAUUAAAGGUGUAUACCAUUGAAGAAUCAGGACUAGACAUCCUAGUGUGGUCAGAGAUUGGGAAAAAAAGAACCGGAUGGACAUAUGGGCGUGUAUCUCUCUCCAGCAACAGUCCCUUUAAAGUAGCAUUCGAAGCUGAUUUGGGUGGAGAUGGGGACGUCUUCAUUGCCCUUGAUGACAUCUCUUUCACCCCAGAGUGUGUGUCCGGUGGUCCUUCCACAGUGCAGCCCUCUCUGUGCGGAGCGGAUCUGUUUGCUUGUGCCUACACACCGCAGUGUGUGCCCGCGUCAGGGAAAUGCGACGGACGUCAGGAUUGCGCAGAUGGCUCUGAUGAAGUGGGCUGCUCCCUCAGGCCCUCUCCUCCCCCCACUCCUCCUCCUCCUCCGCCCUGUGGCAACAUGGAGUUCCGGUGCUCUGCGGGCCGGUGCAUCCCGUCCCUCCUCCUGUGUGACGGAGUGGCCGACUGUCACGUUCAUGAAGAUGAAUCCAGCUGCGCCAAUAAGAGCUGCUCGAAUGGGGCGCUGGUGUGCCCCUCCUCUGCCAGCUGCAUCCCUGCUCACCAGCGCUGUGAUGGUUUUGCCAACUGCAUGGAUUUCCAUGUUGAUGAAUCCAGCUGCUCAGAGUGUCCUGUAAGUUACUGCAGAAAUGGCGGCGUUUGUGUGGUGGAGAAAAACGGUCCCAUGUGUCGAUGUCCACAAGGAUGGAAAGGAAACAGAUGCCACAUCGAGUUCAGCCCUGCUGCUUCUGAUUUUAUGUACGCUCCAAACAACAUAUGGAUCCUCCUGGGUAUUGGAUUUGCAUUCCUGAUGACUCAUAUCACAGUAGCCAUUCUGUGUUUCCUUGAAAACAGGAAAGUAUCAGGCAGGAAAACUGAGAGAAAUGGGAAAUGUGCCUUUGUCAAUCCAGUCUAUGGGAACUGGAGCAACACAGAGAAAAAAGAGAGUUCCAUAUACUCCUUCUCAAAUCCAUCUUACGGUGAACCAUCAAGAAACCUGGAAUCUAUGGCUCAUCCUUUCAAACAGUAGAGUCAAGAUCAAGUUGGAACCAAAAUGAGUAGUUCAUAGCAAAUUAUACUCUCUAAGCCCUAUUUACAUGAUAGUAAAAGGAGAAAAAAUUCA